ACAUUUUGGCCAGUCCGGUCUCCUCAGAGAUGACACGUGAGGCCUUGCGGGAAGCAAAGCCCUGACUAGAGUACAGCAGAGUAGUUUGCUGUGAGGGAAGAGAAAGUGCUUUCAGACAGGGAUUCCAUUUAUUAAUCAUUCGUGUAAAAUGACGUAUUUGUGAGGCCAUGGAAUUUUCUACACGUAGGAGACUUGAAACACCCGCACAACAACACUCAUGAGCGAAAUCUCGUCAGAACUCAGCGUAGGAAAACCUUCCAACCCGCUGUCACUUGACAAAAUCUGGCGCCAACAGCGCCACGUGACCAGCUCUCCUUUCUCCGGCGAGAGGGCCUCGUUGACAGAUCGAUCAGCGGCGGCGCGCUCACGCUGUCGUCUCCAUGGAAACCCAUCCACAUGCGCCUUUCCCGCUUCACAUGGGCUUCUCCUUUCACCCCCUUCAACAUUUGCUAUUAUUACCACUGCGAGCGUCGCGGACCCCUCCCUCCCGGCGGCGAACGAGUUAACAGUCACAUGGUUAGAAAUGGCUCCUGCAGCAAAUUAUAUCCUCUGCGUCAUAGCUACAGCUCCGCCCCCAGUCUCGCUCCUCUUCCGCACAAAGGGAAGCCACACAAACCGGGAUUCUCAUUGUGGAGUUUUUUGUUUUUUUGUUGGACUAUACGCUGUAAAGCUGUAUUUGCUUUGAGGAAAAAAAGGGAAUCGCGUUGGGGCGGGGCUAUUGUCUGAGUGGGCGUGGAGGUGCGCGCGUGUCUCAAGCAGAGAGCUGGAGGCGGUUCCAUUUGGCGCCGCGUUCCCAUGGCAACUUGGCGGAGGGGGCGGAACUGGUGGCGUUGCUCGUACGCGGAUGGAGGGAGCUGCAACAGCUGCUGAUCUCUGACAUCUUCUUGCCCGUUGUUACAGCCGCCGCUGCCAUAUUGUACCGGGACGCGGUUCAUGCCGGCGGCAGCUUUUCUGUGGUGCAGCCCCAAGUCCUAAGUGCAACGGCCUGAUCACGCAAGAGCAUUAAUGCUUCAGUUGUCUUGGAUACAGACAUCAGCACUGCAUUGUAAUCAAAUCCAGCCUUGUGCCGUGUGUUUUGGGAUUCAAAUCUGAGCACCAAUCCCGGCAGCUGCUCACUGGAGAUGGACAAUGGCUCCGCCAAAGACAAAGGAAGAGACAGUUCUGCGUGCGACAAAGGGAGAUGAAUUAUCUGUUUCCUCUUCACUAACUGCCAGUGCAUCUGUCUUUCAGAGUAAAACUGCCAUUUGCGAGUAUUAGAAUUAUAUGGGUCCAGUAACUGGAAUGACUCCAGACAAGAAUAUAGAAAGCCCAACAGCGGAGAAAGUCCCGGGAUUAAGUCAAACAGAGAACAUGGGCAGCUUGCCGGAGGAGGUGGGCGCAGCCAGGCCCAAGGCCUCCAUGGUGGAUAAUGGUGCUACGGAUGAAGAGUUGACCAACUUGAACUGGCUGCACGAGAGCACAAACUUGCUGAAUAACUUCAGUCUGGGGAGUGAGGGGGUCUCGGCGGGGAGCCCACUGUAUGACAUUGAAGGUGAUCUUUCCCCAUCGGGCUGCCAGACUCCAGAAAAACUGUCUGCCUCUUCCAAGCCUCCGUACUCAUUCAGCCUCCUCAUUUACAUGGCCAUCGAGCACUCCCCUAACAAAUGCCUGCCCGUUAAAGACAUAUACAGCUGGAUACUGGACAGAUUCCCCUAUUUCUCCACUGCGCCCACUGGAUGGAAGAAUUCCGUCAGGCACAACCUCUCUCUCAAUAAAUAUUUUCAGAAGGUUGAGAGAAGUCACGGAAAGGUGAAUGGAAAAGGUUCCCUGUGGUGUGUUGAUCCAGAGUAUAAACCAAGUCUUAUUCAAGCGUUGAAGAAACAGCCAUUUUCUUCAGCACUUGCCUUAUACACCCCUCCCACUUCCCCGACAAGUGUAUCAUCCCGCCCGUAUGUUUUAACUUCUGCAUCGAGACGGAAGCAGAUCCAUUAUGUAAAAGACUCUGACAUUGAUGCUGCUACAGCAAUGAUGUUAUUGAACAGCUCUAUCAAGGAAGAAGCUUUAGAUCGCCAGAAACCUCAGCCUCUGAAGGUGGUGUUACCCAAGAAACGCAGCUAUGCCAGUGCUUUCAAGCAUUGCCCUCCUCUCAGCCUACAGGAAAAUGAUGGUGAAGUGAUUAACAUUGACCCCAAGGAGGAUCACAACUACAGCGCCAGCGGCGGCGACUCUCAGCGAUGUGAAUCCCGCUCCAGCGUGUCUUCCUUGUCAUCCGUUGAAGAAGUGUACGAGUUCAUCCCGAAGAACAGCCGGACGGGAAGUGACGGCAGCGAGGGCUUUCACAGCGAGGACGAUACGGAUAUUGACUAUGAAGAGGACACGCUCGGGGAUAAUGGCUACGUACCCCAGCCCUCCGGCAAUGAUUUGCAUGGCAGCAAGCUGCGCAAAGAAGCAAGCCAAGAUAUCGAUGAGGAGCUGAAAGAAGCCGCUGGCUCCCUGCUCCAUCUGGCCGGAAUACGCACCUGUCUAGAUUCCCUUUUAAAAACUGCAAAGGCACAAUCUCACAAGCACAGAAAAUAGUGCAAUGGCCAGCAUUUUUGUUUUCUUCUCCUAUCCAUCCCCUCCUUUUCCAGAAGCGUGGCAAUACUCUACAACUGUUUAUCCCCACUUAGGAGAUCAGAGCCAUAAAGGACUAAAGGCUUGUUACUUUCUGCUCGCUUGCUCUGCUUUUAUUUUUCUAUUCUAAGAUCGCUGCCUUAGAAUAAUCCAGUUUUCAGUACAGCCCCAAUGCAUGACAGGAUAAUGCCCCAACUUAAGCUACUAAGGAUCUUCAAACGUGAUAAGGGAAGACCCAACGUUUGCUGACAUCUGCUUCCCUCUAUUAUUAUUGGAUACUGCCGUGAUGCAACAUGGACUGUUGUGUUUGUGUGUAUAUCGGGGUGCCACUGUCCAGUGGAAUGAGAAAAUAGCAGUAUUACCCAUACAUUUGCCAACUGUUUCUUGACAAAUUAAGUGAGAAAAAUUGCAAACUGCACCUGAAAAUUUCAUGAAACGUCGCCCUUCAUGUGUAGAAUUGAAAGGAUGGUCGUUCAGACUGCCAUGUAAUGUCUCCAGUUGAUUCCACUUAGAAUAAUGGACAUUCAGGGUUUCCUAUUGCCAGAGUUCCCCUGCUACAGAAUAAGGGGAAAUAUUGGUCAGAUGUUGCCUUCCAUUGGGGUCGAGGCUUGUCUUUCCUUUGACCCCUAUUUCUAAUCCUCAAUCAGCCAGAGAUUCGGAUUCUGUGAUUUCAUUUUGGGUUACGUUCGCUCAUGUGAUUAUGUUGAAUGUCUUGCGUUUUUGCCUCAACGUGAGGCAUGUUUUCCUGCGCUGCCUCCGGUUUGGUGUCAUUGCCGUGAAUUCCGGUAAUGUAUCACAAGAACAAAUGUGUGUCUGUGUCAUAUUCAUCUUGAUAUUGUUUGUGGAUUUUUUAAAGCACCGUUAUUUUCCUUAUCACUGCCAGAGAUUUACAUUUGCCUGGAAAUAAUCCCCCCAUGUUUUUAGACAAUAUUGUUAGACAAAUCUACACAUCAGAUCCACUGCGACCACAACAGCGCUUUCCUGUACCUGCUGUGAAUGUGUAGCUGCACGAGAACCAGUUUCCUUAUGUCGUAUAGUGUGUAUGAUUU